UACGCUGGAACAAGACAGAAGACGCUCUCUCCAAUUGAAGCCGCGCGUUUCGCGAGGCAUCUCUUUUCUCUGAUGCAAUCUACACCGUCCGAUCACCGAUGAUCCUUUAGAAUUUCCCGAGGAAUCGGCAGCCCUCGUUGAGCGUUUAUAUUCUGGGCAGAAGUAAGAAUCGAAGCUGAGGAGGCGCUGGUGAUGAAGGAGAGAGAUGAAGAGCUGGUUCUGUUCCUGGAGAUGCGAAGAAGAGAGAAAGAGAAUGAACGCAACACUUUUCUGCUGCUUCCAAACUCCGAAAACAACGCCGUCGACGCUUCUCAUUUCGAAUUCAGUCGUGGUAUUUCUAGUAUAGUGCCUUCAGAGAAUGACAUGUCAGAUUAUAACUGGCUUCUUACGCCACCUGCUACACCUCUCUUUCCAACUUUGGAGAAGGAACCGCAGAUUUCAGCAAGGAACGAAACAGAGAUUUCUAAAGCUCGAACAGCUUUAAAACCUAGGGAGACUAAUGUCAUAGCAGAACCAGCUUCAAGAAGAAUUAUAGCCUCAAAGACUCAUAAAGUGAUGCCUAAUCUUAAUUCCUCCACUAAUGGUAAUACUAAUAGGAGACAUUCGUCACCAUCCCCUUCCAGAUCUUCAACUUUGUCUUCAAGAACCAAAUCCUCUAAGGUAACCUUAACCUCUGGUAAGCCGAAAAGAUCAUCCACUCCUAUAAGAUCUUCAUCUGCAUCAAAAAUACGCCCUCAACUUGUGAAAAACCCAACAAAGUUGCAAGGUUCUUUGCUUGAUGCUCCUCCAAAAUUGAAGUCUACAUUACCUGAAAGACCAGCCUCAGCCUCUAGGUGUAGUAGAUUGUUUUCUCUUGAGGCCAAAGAUAAUAAUAGCAGCGGAAGACCAAAAAGGCCCAUCCUGAAGAGCAGAUCUUGUUCGAUUAAUGAUGAUGAAAAUGAUAGCCCAGGUAUGAUUGGGACAAAAAUGGUUGAAAGAAUAGUGAACAUGAGGAAACUGGCACCACCAAAGCUUGAUGCAGGCCAUCAUUCUUCAGUUCAUAAUUCUUCUGGCAAGUCUGAUAGCUCAGGAUUUGGAAGAUCACUAUCAAAGAAGUCACUAGAUAUGGCAAUGAGGCAUAUGGAUAUAAGGAGAAGCAUCCAGGGCAAUUUGAAGCCACAUGUAUGAGACAUGAUACUUAAAAAAAAAAAAAAAUAGAAUUAUGAACUUUGGGGUGUUAUAACGUUUGACGCAUUCGCUAACUCGUCGCUGCCCUUGCUACUCUAUCUGUCUGUGGUGUCAGUGAAGGUAUCAUUCUGAGUUAACAGUAGAAGCAAAAAUUGUCUGUGUUGCUUUGAUUUCCUAGAAUUUUACCAGAGGAGUAUGCAUUGUACUUUGUGCUGGUGAUUGGUAAUUAAGAAUCGAAGAGCCGCUUCUUCAAUUAUAACACUAUCUCAGGCAUCUAUGUAAUAUUUCAAUUAGAUGUGA